AUGUCCGACGAAGUGAACGCAAUUCCAAAUGAUGUGGAACCAAAACUUUCACCUUUAGAAAGUGCAACAAAUGAAACUUCUUUUACCAACGACGACAAUUCAUCUAAAGAUGCUUCAGGUGACGAGGACAAAUCUGUCGACUUAUUAAUAAAAUGUGAAGUAACGAUAGAUGAAGAAUCCGAACAGUUAGUGCUCCCCACAAAAGGCCCUAAACGAUCCUUUGCAUGUGAGACAUGUGGUAAAGCCUUCACAUCAUAUUGUAAAGUCGAAAGACACCAAGUGGUGCACACGGGUAUCAAGCCUUUCAAAUGCAACUGCUGCGAGAAGUCUUUCUCGCAACACAGUAGUUUACUCAUCCACUUCAGGACUCAUUCAGGUGAGAAGCCUUAUGUGUGUGAGGUGUGUACUAAAGCCUUUGUUCGUUCAGGGGAUUUGAAGUGUCACUUGCGUAUUCACACGGGGGCUAAGCCUUUUCCGUGCUUGUAUUGUGAGAAAGCGUUUGCGAGACAGAGUACUCUGGCUUUGCAUCACAGGACUCAUACGGGGGAAAAGUCUUAUAUAUGUACAAUAUGUGAUAAAGGCUUUUCGAUGGCUAGUAAUUUGUCGAAGCAUAUGUUAAUACAUACGGAGGAACGCCCGUUUACAUGUGAAAUAUGUAAUAAGGCUUUUAAACGAUCCGGGUACCUUACGAAACAUUAUAUUACACAUAAUAAAAAGAAACCGGAGAUGGUAAUAAAUAAUGGAAUUGGACAUUUAGAGAACCCGGAGAUGGUAAUAGAUAAUGAAAUUGGAUCUUUAGAGAGCCCGGAGAUGGUAAUAGAUAAUAAAAUUGUACAUUUAGAGAGCCCUAGUAUAAAUAGUUGUAAUUGA